GAUGAUGAAGUAAUGGAUACAGCCAAUGUGAUUGCACAUCAACAGCAAGUACAUAUUAACCAUGAAGCCAUGCACGUACCCUUGCUUCGAAAUCUGUUCAGGAGUGAUGAAGACAAGCUAAUCUUUUUCAGUGGUCUUCGUGAGGUAAUUGCUCAGGACAUCACACCAGAGAGUUUCGGGUUGAUGCCAGUGGAGUGGGGCUCAGAUGGACAUCCAACGAUUGAAUCUAUUCACAUUGGUCGAUGUGUGGCCAAAGACGUGGACAUUUCAUUAGCAGACUCAAUUUGGUAUUCCCAGGCAUGUCUAUGGUGCCAGGCUUUAUCCAUGUUGUCAUAUUACUUA